AUGGCAGGCUCUAAUGGCACAGCUGAGGAUGUGCCUUUCAUUUAUCAGCAAAUCUUUAAGGUAGAAAUGGAUGCUGGGCCCAGUACAAAAAUUUCAGUGCUUAUGUUAAUGUCUCUGUUCUUCUUUUUUCUAAACUGUGUGAUGUUCUUUGCUCUAAGAAGCAAGCGCAUAUUCCAGGAGACACCGCGCUAUAUUCUUUUUGGCCACAUGCUUAUGAAUGACUCUGUACUUUUGCUACUCACAACUAUCAUGUACACUAUGGGUACAUAUUACCUUCAAGUAACCAGAGCCAUCUGCACUCUGUUAGUGGUUAUCUCCUACUGCACUUUCCGUAACGCUCCUCUGACACUAGCAAUGAUGUCUCUGGAGCGGUACGUGGCGAUCUGCUUCCCUCUGAGACACUGCAGCAUCGCCACACCAAAAAGGACUGGAAUUGCCAUAGGGAUCAUCUGGCUCCUUAGUUCUAUAAAUAUUAUAACAGACAUAAUUUUUGUGUUAAUUAUCAACCCCAGUUUGUUUGUAGAGGUUUUAUUUUGCACACAAGAAAAAUUGUAUUUAUUCAAAUGGCAGCUGGAUAAAACUCAAGGGUUUGAUAUUCUUUAUUUUGUGUCUGUUGCAGUGAUCAUUGUUUUUACAUAUGUUAGCAUUAUGAUCACUGCCAGGUCUGUUUCCUCUGAUAAAGAUUCUGCUAAGAAAGCCCUCAAAACGGUGCUCUUGCACUUGAUUCAGCUGGGACUGUGUCUCACCUCUUUCCUUUAUGCUACAAUAAACAAAGCACUAUACACAGUGUCUGACAGCUCUUCUCUCUUCAUAAAUCUGAGAUAUCUGAAUUUUCGAAUUCUUCUUAUGCUGCCACGCUGCCUGAGUCCUCUGAUCUAUGGUAUGAGAGAUGAAGCUGUGUGGCCUUUAUUCAAAUAUUAUUUCUGCUAUCGUUCAGGCAAAGUGAGGCCCUCUGCUAAUGUACAUUAA